CUUACUGUUGAAUCCCGGUUCCUUGAGCAUCAUCUCAUCUCAUCUCUCUCGCCCUCUUCCUCUUCCUCCUCCUCUUUUCCUUUCUCUCUUUCUCCCACACUCUUUUCUUCUCCCUUCCCUCUUCCAAAUAUUCCCACUUCUUCUCUCUCUUUUCCCAUCACUUUCUUUACUACCACUGUCUCGGAUCUGUUUCUCAGAACCCCAGCCCUUCUGCCAUGGGCGUUGGUGGUCAAGCUCCGUUUGCCUUUGUCCUUGCAAUCUGCUCUCCACUCGCUCUUCUGUUCUCUCGUGCUUGAUCUGAUGGAGUGUUUGGACUCGUCGGAUCAUUCUGUUGGCCACUGACCUGCAGCUUCCACGCUGCUGUCCGUCCUUGUUCCGGACCUCCAAACACCCACCCCAAUUUCGAAACCCCCGACAUUCAGACACUGUCUUGCCUCUUUCACGCCCCAGGGAUUUGUCCCUCCUCAUUGUCCCCCAUCCGCCAUGCCGGCCAUGGACAUUCCCGAGACCGGGCUGUCUCUCUGCAGAGACGGCCCCGGGAACGAUCCUACGGUCAAACCAACCCAGAUCAUGCGUCUGAACCUUGCCCAGAGCACCCUCGACGACAUCAUACAAAGCCUCCGCCACGACCAGUCCGCUCGAAUCCGUCUGGGAAAACACCAAACCCUCUAUUACGGUUCCAAAUCUCAAUCCUUCCGCUCCUCCCCGUCGACGCACCGAUCCGAGGUCUACUGCGGGAGCUCCGCUGACAAAGAGAACCUAUACUUCACGGGGGUCCUGAGCCACAGCUUGGAGGUGCAAAAGGCCAAGGAGGCCACCGCGGCCACGGACCAGGCCUUGGCCAAUCUCGAGCAGAGCUUGAAUGCCUUUGAAAGAGGGAAGGAAUCGAAGAAAACACACAUUAUCACAAGCGUGGAGGAGCUGAGGGCCCUAAAGACGGGUGACAGCCGGUCCAGUACCGGCCGCCAGGCCGCUCUCUUGGCCCGCAUGCCCUCAACCAAGGUGGAAUUGGAGAAAGAUCGGCUUCUGAAAACCAACGUCAAUCGUUCUUUGCCCUCGAGCCCGGCACUGGGCGGAAGCCGGUCCCCUGCCUCCGUCCCUCCCCUGACAUCUACCUCCGCCCCGGCCUCCCAGAACAAAGACCGACUCCGCCUCGACGCCCUCCGAGUACCCUUCAUACACCUCCUUGCCGUCCGAGCUGUCUCGGCCAAGUUCCUCUCACGACAGACCCGCUCCUCCCUCGAAGACUGCACCACGUUGGCCCGCAAAUAUGGCACCGAGAACCGCAUCAACCCGGAGAAGUUUGAUCUGAGGGAUAAAAUAUACAGGGAAUUGGACGUAUGGGGUUUUCCCUAUCCGUCUCAGGAAGACCGGCAGGAGGCUAUCGAGAAUGCUAUCUCGGCGUUUGAUCGGAUGCGAAUCUCUCGCUCCGACAAGCUGUGGCAGACUCUCCUUCCCAAGGAGGAGCGUGGCAAGGGCAAAUGCUUGUCGCGCCUCGACUUGCGGACGGGCCCCAUCAAGAAACCUCUUACUCCGCGCAUACAAGUGCAAAGCCCCGAUGGCGCCGGUAAAGAUGGGUACGGAACCGGCCACGAGACGGACCGAGCCAGCAGGAAUGGCUUGACUCCCCAGGCGGGCGAACCCACGUCGGCCCCCAAGUCCACCGUGACUACGCAGAAGAAAAAAGCAGCCGAGAAAGAUAUCUCUAAGAAGCCCCCUGCGAAGCCCAAGGCUGCAACCAACAGUACAUUGACUGGGCGUGUGACGAAGAAGGCCGAGCGGAAGCCUACGGCCAAGCCGGAUGGGAAGUUCAAGUCGUCGGAAUAUGUCCAGGAUUCGGACGAAGACGACAUGGACAUGCCUGAUGCCCCGGUUCCAGAGAAGCCAAAACCCCAGAAGGCAGCACCGCCGGCCAAACCGGCUAGCAAGCAGCCCAAGCCGUCCGCCCCUCGUGAAACCUCCCAUGCACCCACGCCCAAAGUGGAUCCCCCUCGGAAUCCGCCCGCGAAGGUCGAGGCAUCUUCGCACGCCCCUCCGAAGCCAUUGGCCUCCAAGAAGCUCCCGUCGUCCCAACCGGCCCACCCGAAGUCUCCGCAGAAACCGUCCUCGGUCGUUUCAUCCCCACGGACCAACAAUUCCUCCGACACCCAGAACCGCAGCCGUUCUUCGAGCCAGAACAACUCGUCGAGCUCUUCGUCUUCUCCGCUCAUCACACAGCUGGCGAAGCCGAGUCGAGCUUCGGCUGUGGGUCCGGUGUCCCGGAAACCGAUCAAACCGAAUGGGAUCGUCAAAUCGACGGAGAUCGCCAACCCUCUUAAACGUAAAGCGGAAUUGGAGCGGACUUCGAUAACUCCACAGUUGGCGGGGCGCACCACGGGAGACCUGGAGCACAAACGGCGCCGGGCGGUUAGCACCUCCAGCGGCAGCACGGGGAGUGCGUCGCCGCCUCUCAGCCGCGAGAUUCUCCGCCAGCAGUUGCGCGAGAAAUCGCAGAAGUUCAAGCAGUACUACGCCAAAUAUCGCACGUUACACGGUGCACUGGCAUCGCAGGCCGAUCCGCCUCGGGCGGACCUGGACCGGCUCCAACGACAGCACACCCGGUUGCAGCGGAUGAAGAAGGAGAUUUGGGACGAGGAUCGACGGCUCCGUGAUGGGCUGUGAUUUCCACCAUGGUCGUCAGUCCACGGCAAUCCAUUGGGAGCCCGGAUGUUUACAGGACGGGUGUUCCACUUGCAUAUGGGAUGGUUGAUUUACGUUUUCUAGCAUGACGAAGCCGAGUGUGGACAUCGCUUCGAGGAGUUAGCGUUGCACAGCCUUAUUCUUUUUAUUAUCGUUUCUUUCUAUCAUUUCUUUUUGUUUUUUGACGAUUUCCCUUAUACCUUUCCUUUGUUCCCUCCAUCAGCCACAUGUUUUUGAUUCUUGGCAAUUUGCAUACAUUACCAUCGUUGUAUUGAUUAGUAGCCAUGGUUGCUUAUAAUUGGAUGUAUAGAGAAGUG